GUCGUGACCAGCAAAACUGUGUGUCCGGCAGUGGGAUGGGGACCCGCUGCGAGUGACACCUUUAGCCACGGCCCUGAGGAAACAAUUCCACAACGAAUGCCAAGGAAAAUAUUAACUGGCGUUCAUAGAAUGACCGGCGUUUUUGGACGGGUGAGGACUUUCCCGACGUCCCCGGACGCAGUCCCAAAAACAAAGGUCAUCAUCGGGAACCUGGAUGGUGUGACUUGUGUGCUGGACGUAUAUAAGAGACGGUGUCGAUAUGCGAAACUUCGGCAACUUAUGCAGAAAAAAAAUGUCACUUACUCGGCAACCGCCCUCUCGGCAGCUGCAGCCGCUAUCCGCCGACGAACUAGCGCAGUUUUACUCGUAUCCGCUUCCGUGGUAUUGGCCUCUCGGUCCGUACCCGCCACCGAUUGCUCCGUGAGUCCCAUGAGCGACUCCGCCACUUCCGGCGGCGCCUCCGCGUAUAUCACGGAAUCCGAAGAGCUUUGCCCUGAGUACGAGGUAUUCGACGUCCCGGUCUCGGAAGGUGAUGACUGCUGGGCCGCGGGGGCGGGACCUGCGCCAUGCUGCGAGGACGCGGGGGAGGGAGCCUGCGAGUUGGUAACCGCCAGGGGCGGGCCCUUCUCGGCG